CAAUAUGCUAAUGAGAAAAUAGAGUAUACACGUCAUGUAUAUUUGCAGUAUCCGUUCUCCACCUUCCACAGGUGAGGACUUAAUUCUAUUCUCUGCUCAUAAGGUGUAUCCAAUGGACGAGCUAGUUGCUAGCACCCUAGCAUGCUGUUUUUUCCCACUGAUUUAUAGGGAGCAGUUCAGUCCUGCAGUGGCGAUUCUUCCCGUGAAAUGCUUUUGAUUCUUCUUCUCUCUAGUUGCCCACUAUUUGAAUUUCUCACUCUAAAAUCUCAUAGAUUAUUUUUUGAUCCAUAAAAAUCUCAUAGAUUUUAACUAUUUUCUCUCUCUUCUGGUUCUCGGCAUGGACCCGCCUGCAAGAACCGUGCUCAAUAGACUCACUUCUCGCCCUCUAAUCCUUCACAAACCAAACCCCCAUUUUCGCGCUAGAUUGUGUCCCCCCGAUAGUCCCAACCCUUCGUUAAAACCCAGAAGCCUAGCCCUAAUCUCCUCCCAUUUCCAUAGAAUAACCUCGAGUUCAUGUACUGGAGCUUCUGCAACUGAUUCAUUAUUUCACAGUAAUGGUUCGAUGUCUCUACUCAAUCUAAUCCCUAGGGAUUAUUUUCUCUCUUCCAUGGUUUCUUCCUUCUUAUCUCAUUCGUAUUCAGGGAGCAGCAGCCUCGGUCUCUCUUCUUUGAGUAUGGAUGAAAGGAGGUAUCAUAAAUGGCAUUGGAGAGAUAGUGAUGGCUUUGAAACAGGGGUUUCUAGUGAUAAGAGGCCUGUAAUGGGGGUGGUUUUACUGGGUUGGCUUGGUGCCCAACAGAAGCAUUUAAAGAAAUAUGCAGACUGGUACUUGUCGAGGGGAAUUCGAGCUAUUACCUUUGUUGUUCCUGUGAAAGAUGUAUUCAGGCUUAAGCUAGGGCUAGGGUUUGGGGUCGAAGACUUGAUUAGAGACCUAACUCAGGAGCUUGUGAGCUGGUUAUCUGUGAAGGAGGUUGAUGGAAGGGAGAGGUGCUUGCUUUUCCACACUUUCAGCAAUGCUGGGUGGCUUACUUACGGUGUCAUACUUGAGAACUUGCUAAUGAGAGAAGGCCUGAUUGAGAAGAUCAAAGGAUGUGUAGUUGACUCUGGACCAGAGCCAAAACUAAAUCCGCAGGUUUGGGCUGCAGGGUUUGGGACGGCAUUGCUUAAGAAACAGAGUAACCUGACACGCUCUGCAGCUGAGUCCAAUGAGUCUGAUGAAAACAAGCCUCCAUUGAAGGAAACCAUGGUCAUGGGGAUUCUUGAGAAGAUUUUCUCAGUUGUCUUGAAGCUACCGCCUGUAAAUCAGAGAUUAACCAAGAUCAUUUCAGUUCUUUCAAACUGUCAACCAUCUUGCCCUCAGCUCUACUUGUAUAGUACCGCUGAUAGCGUCAUUCCAGUUGAAUCAGUGGGGUCGUUCAUGGAGGAGCAAAAGAGACUUGGGAAACAGGUAAGGGGAUGUAAUUUUGGUUCAUCACCCCAUGUAGAUCACUUUAGGACCUUUCCUUAUGUUUAUGCUGCUGAGCUUGAAAGCUUUUUGAAUGAAUGCACUUCGGUGUCCCAGUGUUAGGAACUUCAUCUAUAUGGGAUUUUAGCUCUGCAUUUUUGGAGAUUUGGCAAUAUCGUUGGGCUGGAUUUUGGUUGACUAAACCGAGGCUCACCAAAUAAUGAAAGCCCAAAUCUGGGUUGGACCCUGGCCUGGCCUAUAAAUCUAUUAGGGGCACAGGCUGAGGCCCAAGCAUCAAUCUUCUGCCUCAUUUUUUUAAAAUAAGGAAAUUUUUUUUAUGGCUUUUGUUUGAUACAUUGCAGCCGAAGUCUGUUCGGAUAUGGUAAAGUAUGAUUAAAUAUAACCAGUACUUGAAUUUGAAUUUGAAUUUAGAUUAUUUAUUGAUGCCCCUUUGUAAACUUUGGAGUAUUAUUAUGAAUUGGAUCAAACAAGA